AUGCCCACUCCAGGGGCACAGGGCUUCCUCCCGGGGAACAUGGCCAUCGUCCUCCCUGGAGAGCCCCUCGGCCUCCAGGACCAGUGCUGUGGGUGGUCUGGUCCGAGCACCCAGAGUCUAUGUAGGGAUGGUGCCCAGUGGGUGCGCAGGUGGCGUGGAUGCCCGUGUGACCCGCCGGGUCCUAGGCAUCAGCACUGUCUUCCUGCAGGGCCUGAGGAGCUCAGGCCUAGCCGCAGUGCAAGCUCCAGGCCUGGAGAGGGGCCUCAGUGCCGCCGAGGACCUGGGGGUUGCCUGGUGGAAUACAUGGCCAAGGUGCACGCCCUGGACAGAGUCAGCCAGGAGCUGGAGGCACAGCUGCGCAGGCACCUGGAGAGCAAGGCUGCGAGCUCUGAGGGCUGGGGCGCCCUCAGGGCCUCCUGGGCCAGCAGCUGCCAGCAGGUGGGUGAGGUAGUCUUGGAAAACGCCCAGCUCAUGCUGCGGACAGAGGCUAUCCAGGCGGGCGCAGAAGACUUUAAAGAAAGGUAA